AUGGCAGAAGAACGUCGAUUCGUUUCUCUCGCCGACCCUCAUCUCUUCCUCCGUCUCUCGUUAGCAAUGCUUGGUUCCGCAGAUAAUAACUCUGACUGUGACGAUGAUGCUACCAAAGAAGAUGAUGAUUUUGUCUUCGACAUAGAUCCUACCGUGCUAGUGGAUACUCGUAAACUUAUCAUUGAUGAACCGAUUGUAGAAGGGUCACAUUCAGUUGUCUUCAAAGGAUGCACAGAAAAGAGUGUUGGCAUCACCAAUGGUGUGCUCAACCAGUUAAUUAAGAAAAGUGAAUGA